UGGUUAUACACAGCUACAUACACUCAUUCGCAUAACAUUGUAGACAUGCACUUUUCUUUACAACACGUGCACAGAAACAUAUAGAGUCAAACUGUUUAAAAGUUGGCAAGAUGUCACAACUCACUGACAGCAGGGAGGAAGUGAGAGUAAGAGAGUGUGUGCCUGAGAGUGAAAGAGAGAGAGCGAGAGAGAAGGGGGAGAGAAUUAGAAUGAGAGAGAGAAGGGGGAGAGAGAUAGAAUGAGGGAGAGGGGGAGAGAGAACUACGGUAGGGAUAAGGAGACAACUUGAAAUCAACCUCGCCGACAGCAUUUGUGAAAAACAUUUGUCUCCCUCUCUAACAAGCAAACGUGAGAGACAAAGCGGCAGAGGGAGAGAGGGAGGAUGGGAGAGGGAGAGAAAUAACAAAGAUAUAGCUGCUCUCUCAGUCUCUUCUCUAUUUUCAUUAUUUCUCUUUCACAGAUUUUGUAGCUGCUGAAAGGAAAGCGAUAAUUUGGCUGUGUAUGGUGCGUUGAAGACAGUGCCUAUAUUGAGGGUCUCGUCAUCAUGGAUGAGAUGGAGGACAAGACUUCUGUGCCUUCAGACGAGAGCGAUGUUGAAGUUGACCUAAGACGAUCAUCCAAGAUCCAGACAGAGAACAGAAGAACAUCUAGAUGGAGGAAUGGUCAGUGUGUGCUGGCAGUACCCACCUCCUCCAUGCUGAACCUCAGGUUUGAUCUGUCAUUCUGCAGGGCUCUGCUGGAGAGGGAAGGCUUCCAGAUUCCUGUAGCAGACUUUGAGACACCUCUGGAAAUAGCACUGGACGUGCCCUCAGUCAGGAGAUACCUGUUCUUUAACUCUUCUCUCUUCCACUUCAUCAUGGCACCGAUUCUAUAUGUGGUGAUAUGGUGUGCUGUGUUCUCCACUCUUCACCUCUAUCUCUCAGUCACUGACUACUGGGUCCUCUGCCUGUCUGUCAGUCUGGCCUCCAUCUUCGUCACCACAGCCAUCAUUGUCAUCCUCCACUAUAGUAACAAGGAGAUAAACAUGAACAUUGACGUGCGACUCAUCCAGGUGAAUGAGAGGCUGAGCCGGCAUAAGCUGCUUGUAGGCGUGGCUGACUGGGUGCAGAACUGUACUGGAAGUCUACAGCUGUUCAUUGUGUACUGGGAUACGGCCCACUGCUUGAGGGCACUGACUGAAACUCUAGAGGAGAUGUGCUUUGUCAGAGACGAGGCCCAGAAAAUACUUAAUAAGAGAAUGUCCCACCUUGUCCUGGUGACAGAGGUCAUGACCUUUGAUCCUGUGGCGGGGGGGUCAAGUGUCAAUGAAAGUUCUGAUGAGGAAAGGCCCCUCUUGAUGAAUGAUGAGGAGACUGGACACAGUACCUCAACCUGCCAGAGGGAGGACACCAAACUCACCGCUAACUACAGUUUGGUACCGGACCAAAUAUUACCAGCUCAGGCCAAAGCACUCCAACUUUUACUGACCUAUGGUGCGGUGUUUGUCAAGCUGUUAGUGUCUGAAAAGCUGCCAAACUCCACACACCGCCCCCUACGCUCCCGGAGGAAUCACUGCACCACUGCCUCCCUUUGUCUGUGUCAGUAUAUCAAAACCAAGGUUCUACGAUUAUAAGAAGCUUAUUCAUUCCACUUUAAAUAAUAUUGUAGGACAGUAUAAUAUUUGCACUGAUCAUGUAACAAUCGCGAUUUGAAACCCACUUCUGUGUAAAAAAAAUUGCAUUAAAUUGUACAAACAAUAAAUAUAUCUUCUUUA